CGGAUACAAAGAAAAUAAAACCAAACAAAAGUAAUUAUUCCGAACAGACGCGACUUAAACCAUGUUAUUUAUUCUGCCGUUAACACCCCAAAUGAAGUGACUCUCCCUCUCCUCCGCCAUGUCUCUUCCCUCCUCCGGUAACUCUUCUUAUUUUUCUUCUUCCUCCUUGCAUUGCCCGGAAGAUGGUUCUUUCGUGGGCCUCCCCUCCAUCUCUCAUCAACAUUCUUUAAUAUCUUCAACCAUCCCACCUCCACAAUCACCACCGUCCGAUGAGAUUACCGUUUCAUCCCUCAUUGACUCCGAGACCCACCACAUGCCUCUCCAUGAUUACCUCCAUCGCUGCCGACGCCAGCCCCUUCUCCUCACCGCUCGUCAAGACUCCAUCAACUGGAUCCUCAGGGUGCAUGCCCAUUUUCACUUCAGGCCAGUUACGGCGAUGCUUUCAGUGAACUACUUUGACCGUUUCCUCUCUUCCCAUUCUCUCCCGGAAGCAAGUGGGUGGCCGUUUCAGCUACUGUCAGUUGCGUGCUUGUCCUUAGCAGCGAAAAUGGAAGAACCCCAAGUGCCUUCGUUAUCGGAUCUCCAAAUAUUCGAACCCAGAUUCUUUUUUGAACCAAAAACAGUUCAAAGAAUGGAGCUCCGAGUCAUGUCCGUUCUAAAUUGGAGACUCAAAUCUGUCACUCCCUUUCAUUUUCUUCCUUACUUCAUUUCUAAACUACCCUCUUCCUCUUCCACCUCUGUUUUUCCUUCUUCCUCAGACCUCAUUCUCAGGACCAUUCGUGUGGUUGUUUUCAUGGGGUUUCCACCAUCUACAAUAGCAGCGGCCGCAGUGUUACGCGCAGCCGGUGAAAGUUUAGUCUUACCAACGAGUAUAGACGAGAGAGUAAACAAAGAAAUGGUGAGAAGCUGUCAUCAACUAAUGGGGGAGUUUUUGACCGACACGUGUUCUUUGGCUCGGUUUGAGGACGGGAGAGCCGAGCAGCAAGCAGUGCCGCCAAGCCCUAUCGGUGUACUGGAUGCCGCUGCCUGUGGAAGUUGCGACACUCGUUCGGAGAAUCCCGGCUCGAGUAGCCAAGUGGAAGCCAAACCAUUCGCUAAAAGGCUCCCAUCCUCUCCUCUGGUUGUACAGGAACCGUAAAUAAGACCGCCACCUUCACGUCUCAUUUUAUCUCUAGUGUUUUUAUACAUAUGCUAGAGAGAAAUGAACGUCCACAUUUUUUUGUAUGUCAUUAUUAAUCGUUUAGGCUUGAUGAUUCAAUUAUUCCUAUAA